UAGCAAUCAUAUAAAGAAAGAUAAAUCUCUUUUUAAACCCCCUGCCAACACCAAAGUCAGCCUUGAUCUUUGUGCAAAUUUUGGUGAAGUAUAAACGAGAAAUUAGAUUCUGUAAAGGCCACCACACCAACCUAUCACUUCAAACUUCAUAGCUACACACACAAAAUUCAUGAUCAUCAAAGAAGUUUUACACAAAAAUCCUAAGAAAUUACUCCAUUGUUGAACCAAAUUCUUAAUUAUUUUCUCCUUUGCAUUUUCUCUUUGUCUCCUUUGUUUAUCCCGUCAUCAAUUUCGGAUUUUUGGGGACACGAUCAACAUUCAACAACACUGACAUUUGCCACUGUUGCUGGGAAAUUGAUCCUCCAAUUUUCGGGACCAAGACUCUGAGCUUCUGGGCAGGUCCCACUUUAAUUGGAGUUGGGUGCUUUCUUUAUGGUUUGAAUUUGAUGGAUGCUUAGAAGUCAAAGGCACCUUACUUCUGUUAUCCAGUUUUUGUAGCAUUUCAGUUCAAACACGAAGUAUGAAACAUCCGAAAGUAGACAAGGCUUAUAAUGCAAUGAAGAAGCUAGGGAUAGCACCUGAGAUAGUGAAACCUAUACUCAAAAAACUUCUACAGUUGUAUGACAAGAACUGGGAAUUCAUCGAAGGAGAAAACUAUCGUGCUCUUGUAGAUGCUAUAUUUGAGUACAAUGAAAAAAAAGAAGAUAAGAGGGUUGACGUGAAGAGGAAGGAGCCAGUGGAUUGUAAUGGAUCUGAGUCUCCAUGCAAAAAGUUGCACGAGGAUCCAGAAGAAGAUGAGGCAUCAUCUACAGUUGAUACUAGUGGGAUAUUGGUAGCUAAUAAAGAAGGCUGCAUUUCUGAAACAGCUUACUUGAGUAAAAGACCAGAUACUUCAAAUUGUGUAGAGAACAAACAAGCUGAACUUGGUUCUUGCUCUUCCAUGCAGAAAGGAAAAGGCCAGUUUUCUUCGGUUAUGACCCGUACUUCUGAGAAAAUUAUGACUGAAAUAGCCUCAAGCUCAUUAUGCACAAAAUUCCCCAUUGAUGAUCCUGACUCUCUUCCCAUGGAUGUAGAUAACACGUCUGCUGAUUGUAUGAUACCUGUUAGAGAAAGUACAGCAAAGAUUCAUUCAGUGCUGCCAGAUUUAAUGGAAGGCUCUUCAACAGGAAACAUAUCUGCAAAGUUAUCCGUGUUUGUGGAUCAUGAAAAUACCAAAGAAAGUGAAAGAAAUGAAUACAAAUUUGACAUUGUUUCAUUGCCAUCCGGAGAUGUGAAACUCUGCUGUGUCUUGGCACUUGGAAAAGAGACUUGUCAUACACCAGAUAUGGAUGCAGUUCUAAAAUUAGUGGAAGAGGAGUUUCUAAGAUCACAUAAAAUUGUGGGCUCUCCUUUUUGUUUGAAAACAUUGCUGGAAGAGGUUUGUAAGAGAUUUUGUGAAUUAACUACUGAUAGUACAAACCAAUCAUUAGUUAGGAUAACAUCUCCUGAAGUGAUUAGUAAUGAGAAGAAAUCAGAAACUACCUCACAGUUUUUCCGAUCUGGUAUAAAGCGGCCUCCCCAACUUUAUGUUGACGAUAUUACAAAGGGUGAAGAGAAUGUGAAGAUUUCACUUGUAGACGAACGUUACAACAGGCAACCUCCAAAGUUUUUCUACAUACCAAGAAAUAUAAUUUACCAAAAAGCAAUUGUCAAUAUCUCAUUGGCUAGGAUUUCAGAUGAAGACUGUUGUCCUGGUUGUUCAGGGGAUUGUCUAUCUUCAGCAGUACCUUGUGCGUGUGCACGAGUAACUAAUGGUGAAUUUGCCUACAGGGAGGACGGGCUUUUGAAUCCAGAGUUCUUGAAAGCUUGCAUUUCUGAGAAUAAGUAUGUCUUUUGCCAAGAUUGCCCAAUUGAGAGGGCUAAGAAUGAGAGCAAGCCUGACAAAUGCAAGGGUCAUUGUGUUAAGAAAUUUAUUAAAGAGUGUUGGAGUAAAUGUGGUUGCGGCACGCAAUGUGGAAAUCGAGUAGUGCAACGAGGGAUCACACGUAACUUGCAGGUUUUCUGGACGUCUGAAGGGAAAGGAUGGGGCCUACGGACCAUGGAAGACUUGCCCAAGGGUGCAUUUGUAUGUGAGUAUGUUGGUGAGGUUGUAACAAAUACAGAAUUAGAUGAGAGGAAUAAACAAAGUAGAGCAAAUGAGAGGCAUACGUAUCCAGUUCACCUUGAUGCAGACUGGGGUUCAGAAAGUAUUUUGGAUGAUGAUUUUGCACUCUGUUUGGAUGCUACAAAUUAUGGAAAUGUUGCUCGAUUUAUAAACCACAAAUGCCAUGAUGCCAACUUGUUUGAGAUUCCAGUUGAAGUGGAGACUGCAGAUCACCAUUACUAUCAUCUCGCAUUUUUCACCACACAAGAAGUGAAAGCCUAUGAAGAGUUAACCUGGGACUAUGGAAUCGACUUUGAUGAUGACGGCCAUCCCAUCAAGGCAUUUCGUUGUCGAUGUGGAAGUCAAUCCUGCCGAUCUAAGACUCGAAAAGGAUCAAGAUCAAAAUCGAGGGCUUCCAUUUCAAUCAGAUGAGAUCAUCUAUUCUGUAUAAUUUUACAAAUGCAGAGACAUUUUCUGUAGAGGGGGAAAGAGGGAGAGAGAUAUGAGGUGAUUGCAACGUCAUAUCGAUCAAGGCCGCAAUGCAACCCUAGAUUUUCAAUUUACCACAAUUUUUCUUUUCAAUUAUAUCAAUUUUUUUAACUUGAUUUAAUUGAAUCGCAGUUUUUCUUUCAAGCUUUAGGUGUGGAAGGUUUUUUUGUUCUUUGAUUGUGGAAAACUAUAGAAAAAGAUUUAUAAAACUUAUGUACAUUAUGACUACGCUAGUUAAUUUAGUUGGUAAAGUAUUUAUCGUAACAGUGUUACCACCUC